AAUAAAAGUGUUUUGUAUUUUCACAUAAAGUGAUGUUAUUAUUAGCGAUGAUUAUCUCGUUUUGAUCGCACUUUCAUCACUCAAAUCACUUCCACAAGAGUUUGUCCGCCGAAUCAUGUCUUCAUUCAACGCCUGUUCCUCUCCUUUACGACCGGUUCCGCAGUUCUUCAACGACUGCAACGCUUUCACCACAAAAAAGGCCCGCUUCAACUCGACUCCGUGCCCGAAGAAGGUGCCGCCCCGACCGCCGUCCAAGACUGUUCCACCCGUCAGCCGAUUCUUCAGGCGACCCAACCAUCAAACCGCUCACGCCAUCAGUUUCAUGGAAAACAGCGACUCUUCUCUGAGCAAACAUUACGACUCGACUCGUGAGGAAUCGUAUUUCGAGCAGUGCUUUGUGGUGGAGAAGAAGAUAGGAAGCGGUUCUUUCGGUGAUGUGUUUAAAGUGAAGAGUCUGGAAGACGGCCGCUAUUACGCCAUUAAGAAGUCUCGCGAGAGAUUCAAAGGCAAGUCAGACCGCGAGAGGAAGUUGGAGGAGGUGUGCAAACACGAGCAGUUGCCCAAACAUCCCAACUGUGUCCGACUCUUCAAGGCCUGGGAGGAGCGACAGUACCUCUACAUACAGACCGAGUUGUGUGAGACCAGUCUCAGUGACUUUGCCGAAGUCAAUCACGACAUUCCACAACACAUUGUAUGCAACUAUUUGGUCGAUUUGCUUAAAGCGGUUCGACAUCUACACGAUCACCACUUAAUACAUCUGGACAUUAAACCCGAUAACAUAUUCAUCUCCAGUGACGGUCUCUGCAAAUUAGGCGACUUCGGGCUCGUCCUCGACAUCAGUAAAAACGACAAUAACGAGGCCACUGAAGGCGAUCCCAAAUAUUUAGCCAAAGAGCUAAUGUCCGGUCACUUCACAAAAGCGGCCGAUAUAUUCAGUUUAGGCAUAACUAUACUGGAAAUAGCCUGUGAUUUAGACCUGCCGUCCGGUGGCGAAGGUUGGCAUCAGCUGAGAGACGGCAGAGUUCCUGACAAACUGCUCACCGGAAUUAAUGGUGAAUUAAGUCUAAUAAUAAAGGAUAUGAUGAAUCCGGACUAUAGGCUGAGGCCGUCGGCGAACCAACUGUUAAGCCAUCCAUUCAUUCGCCGAAUCGAUCGCUCGCGUCGUUGGAAAUUAAAGGGCAAAAGAAGCGUGAAGUUAGCGAAAACAUUACUUAAUUGGUUUUUGCAGUAUUUUAUGAAGACUUUUAUCUUAAUUUGUUAUCCAUUCACAUAUUUAUACCAAACCAUCACAAGAAGGCCGCCCAUUGAAACGCCCCUCAAGUCUCCAAACAAUUCAUACAAUUUAAUACAAAACGAAUUCGACAACUAUUCAGACGACGACUUGUUUGACGCAAGUUCUGUCUCUCUUAAUAAUUCACAUUCAGACAAAUCAUCAGUCAGUGAUGACCUGCUCUAUGAGAACCAAAAUCACCGUAAGUUCUGUUCGACAACUGUUAUACACAGACAUCGGCCAGUGUUUGACCACACAUUCACAUCGCCUUCAUUUACGCCGAGUUCGCCGAUUCAGCGCUUUUAUAACUCGACUCUCGCCGACAGUCCAACGCUGUUGAGAGAACCGGUGGUUCGCUCCAAACCAGUCAUUAGCCAGAAACUCAAUUUUGACGAUCAAUCAGACGAAGAGUCAGACGAUUGCGAUAACAAAUCACAUUCAAUUGGACCCAAAAAUCUUAUGAAUACAUUUGACGACGAAUUCGACAACUAUUCAGACGACGACUUGUUUGACGCAAGUUCUGUCUCUCUUAAUAAUUCACAUUCAGACAAAUCAUCAGUCAGUGAUGACCUGCUCUAUGAGAACCAAAAUCACCGUAAGUUCUGUUCGACAACUGUUAUACACAGACAUCGGCCAGUGUUUGACCACACAUUCACGUCGCCUUCAUUUACGCCGAGUUCGCCGAUUCAGCGCUUCUAUAACUCGACUCUCGCCGACAGUCCAACGCUGUUGAGAGAACCGGUGGUUCGCUCCAAACCAGUCAUUAGCCAGAAACUCAAUUUUGACGAUCAAUCAGAUGAAGAGUCAGACGAUUGCGAUAACAAAUCACAUUCAAUUGGACCCAAAAAUCUUAUGAAUACAUUUGACGAAAUGGAAAACAAUGAAUUCAGUGAUUGUUAAGUGCCUUAAAUGCCUCACAAAUAGUCGUGUUUUUACUUUUUUGAAUGUUUAUCUGUAUUUGACAUGAAUUUGUAUUUUUAUUACAUUUUUGAUUGCAUUUCAUUCAUCUUCUCAUUACAUACACCGAUAC